GAAAAGUCGGCAGGCGAGGAGAAGUUCCUCCAGUCACUCGGUUCUCCAGCUUGGGGCCUGAAGUCCAGCUGACGCUCUGCCUGCAUUCCUGUCCGGGGAUUUACGGGGUCAUCCGGAGAGCUGGAACGGGAGGCGCUUCCCCCCGGGGCUGGGCUCCUCUUUCCCUCUGGGUAGAGGCCAGGAGGCUGAGGGUAGUAACAUGCUGGCGGCAGAAGUCCCAACGGCCAUCCCCCAGGAUGACUUCCCUGCAGACAGCUAGCCUGCCACAAGGGCACCGCAAGGAGGGUGUGAGAGCCUGGCUUCUUUUCUCCCGUAGGUGUGGAGCAAGAAAAUGAAACCCGUUGUUCAAAGGAGACGCUCAACUUCAGCUGCCCUCAGCAAAGCACUUGGCAAAUCUAAACAUCGGUCCAGCAGGGAAAUUAUUUUGUCAUCCUCACACGGAGAUAAUGGAUUACCAGCUGGAGCUUUCAGCAACCCAAAUUCCAUCUUCAUCUUGGACGAGCGGGUCCAGCUUUCUCUGGGCUUGCAAACCCAAGAGAGGCAUUUGUUCCUCUUCAGCAACAUGCUAAUUGUUGCCAAAUCCAAGUCCUCUUCUAGCUUGAAACUGAAGAAAAAAGUCCAUCUGAGUGAAGUAUGGACCGGAUCCUGCCUUAGUGAAGUGUCAGAGAAGAAAAUUAGCCCAGACACAUCUUUUGUGAUUGGCUGGCCAACUGUAAAUUAUGUCGUCACUUUCAGCUCUUCGGAAGUGAAGGAAAGAUGGCUGUCCAUGCUGCUCUGGCAUAUCUAUGAAAUGAAGCAGACUGAGUAUGCCAAAAGUUUGCCUAUGCAGAUUUUGGUAACGGACAGGGAGAAAAGCUCUUCUAACACGGCAUUAAGCAUCUCCAACAUGGAAACCGCUGACGAUAUUAUCAAAAAGGCCACAGAACAGUUGGGGGUUCCUGGGAGACCAAGUGACUAUCACCUCUGGGUAAUCUCAGGAAGGGACAAUCCUGCAUACCCUCUGAUUGGACAUGAGCAUCCCUUCAGCAUUAUCCUGGGUUGCCUCCGAGGCUCCGUGAACCAGAUGCGAGGCCCCAGCAACGGCCUGCUGCUUCCUGAGGAGUAUGAAACAUCACUGUUGGACCAGCUGCCCAUGGACCGGCGGUGCCAGUUCAUCCUGAAGCCCAAACCCCAGGCUCCGGUGCAGUUGCGGAGAGCCCCUUUGCAGAAACAUUUCAAGCGGAAGAAGUCCCUGAUCGACUGGGCUCUUCGGCGAAGUGUCAGCACCCCGACGGGCAGUCCUGCCUCUCAGUCCCCAACCAACCCCCGAAAACUCUUUGGCUUGUCCUUAACAUCGGUCUGUCCUGACGGAACUCUUCCCAAACCCAUCAUGGACAUUUUGUAUCUGCUCUACCACGAAGGUCCUUCCACACGGGGCAUCUUCAGGCGCUCUGCCAAUGCCAAAAAUUGCAAGGAGCUGAAAGAGAAGCUCAACUCAGGCGACGAUGUCCAAGUGGAUGGUGAAUCUGUCUUCGUGGCGGCAGCAAUCAUUACGGACUUUCUACGAAAUAUACCUGACAGUAUUCUGUCCUCAGACAUGCACAAUCUAUGGAUGGAAGCCAUGGAUAAAGAAAGCCGAGCUCAAAAGAUUGAAGCCAUCCAGAGCUUAGUGAAGCAGCUUCCGGAGGCCAACCUCCUUUUGCUCAGGCACCUGUUUGGAGUCUUGCACCAUAUUGAGCAGAAUGCGGUGGAGAAUCAGAUGAAUGCCUUCAACCUGGCUCUUUGCAUCGCCCCCAACAUGUUGUGGCUUCCCAGUCCCACUGGACCCGAGGAGGAAAGCAAGGCAACCAAGAAGGUGGCCAUGUUGGUGCAAUUCCUAAUCGAAAACUCUGCUGAAAUUUUUGGAGGAGACAUUGCUUCCCUGUUCCAGAAGCCAGAGAAGAAGAAGUCCCGAAGUGUGGAUGACUUGCUAGUUCAGCACAACGAUUCCUCGGAUGAGAUGGAAUAUGCUACCUCUUACCAAGAAAGAGGCCAACAACGUUAUGGGCUUGAAGGAGACAAUGGCCUGUUCAGCCCAUCUGGAGGGCUGAUUCUCAGUGAGGAACAAGAAGACUGGGAUUUGUUCAGUGAGAUCACUGCUUGCUACCAGAAUAAAGCCAGGAAAAACGCAAGUACUGACAGUUAUGACCUCCUUGAAGAAGAAAGUUCCUUCUGCUCUCUCGGUUCCAUCAGUUCCCUCAGCCCUGCAAGGAACCGAUGCUCCUCGGAGCCCAGUGUUUGCUUGAGCUCUCAGUUCCCUGCCCAGGACCACGAGCCAGUGGCCCGCCAAUCCAGUUGUGACGCCACCAUCAUGCAUAGCCAUGGCAAUUACAUCCAUAGGCUCAAGCAGUUGCAGCUGGAGAGUCAGAAGCUCAUUGAUGAAGGUUUGAGCCCCGGGUUGAGCAGAGCAAGGCAAAACUUCUGGAGGUCACCUCUGUGCAGCCACGUGGCAAAGAAGGUCAGCACUGAGAAAACAAGUCUGUCCAACCGGUCCAGCUUCUCCAGCCUGUCCUCCACCACCACUUCUCCCUCAGCUUCCUCCUUAAGCUCCCUAGACAGUGCCUUCUCCUAUUGCUCUGAGUCCUCUGCCUUCAGCCCCAUGGAUGUCUUGAGCCUGCCCUUCAUGUUUGGUACUUCCACCAGGCUCCAUGCUUUGUCCCCCAAAGAGCCUAAGAAGCCCUUGAAAGGAUUGCACAAGUCCUUUACUCCUCCUUUGCCCCAAGGCCCUGGCAAUAUGGACUCUUGCCGUGACAGUGUCAGGCAAGUGGAGGAUGAAGAGAAAAGCCAUGGCAGAGACGAGGGGCAGGCUUUCAUGUCCCUUAGGAUGACUGGAAAUCUAGGAAAUGAGGACAACUUGGAAAAAAACCAGCAAGAGUCGCAGUUCACCAAGAUGCCCUCUCUGGUUCUUGGGAGACACAGUUCUGAAGACCCUGACCGCAGGCAUCAUAUUCCUGCUCCAGUGAACCAGUAUGUACAGAGGGAGAAAUCUGUGAAGCACCUAGAGGUCAAACGUGCAGAACCUGCUCUUCACGGUCAAGAGAGUUUGAAGCGCACCAAGAUAACAGUGUACAUGGCCCCCAAAGAGCGAAGUCCAAGGGAUUCCCCAGUGGUGGCAGAGGAAGCAGUUGUGACUGUGAGCAACCAGGGUACCAGCUCAGAUGGAAAACACAGUAGCAGUGAAGGCACUUCCAAGAGCCUACCAACUGUACGGGUUCAUAUUCCCCAGACAGUCUUUUACGGACAAAACACUCCUUUGGUACUCCAUUCCAUUUCAAGGAGGUACCACCAAGGAUCUAUGGGCCAUUCGUCACAGGAGAAGCUUCCACAAAGGGCCGCUCUGGCAGAAGACCCAGGGCAGCUGCUGACACAUCUGGAAGAGAAGCCCAGCCAGGAUGGCAGUGGCACUUUCCACUUCUUUCUCCCAGCUUCCAUUCGCAACACAGUCCGGGAAUACUUCAGCCAGGACAAUCCCAAAGACUUUGCCCCAACAGGAGCAGAAAUGGUGGAGAAGGAACUGAUCCGGGGUAGAGUCGAGUGGCUUAGAAGCCAGUCCUGCCCCAGUGUCCAAGCUGAGGAGCACAACAGCUUCAUGUUGGCAGAGGAGACCUUUGUUUAAUGGCCCACACCUGGUGGGAGGGCGGGGUGGGUGAAGGUCUCGGUAAAAUAGGGGAUGGGAAGAAUCUCACGGCUGCCUCAGCUGGCCCACAUGCAGGACCUUCAAGCAGCAGGAGCUUUUCCUGCCCAGGACAAAGAACAGGAAGUGUGUCCCUCUGAGGCAGCGUUUGUCUAGCACAAUUUCCAGUGUGUUGCUUGUAACUGAAGCGGUUGUACAUUUUCCAGCUAUACCUCAUGGAGAGAUGAGCAGGAAGGAAGGAGAAAAAAUACACAAAAAAUGUUCAGUUUGGUUCAAAAGUCACACCAAAUCUAAUAAUGAAGUAAUGAUUUUGCCGUUCUAGAGUUUUCACAAUUUUGUUUUGCUUUUUUUGAAAGCACAUUGAAAACUGCCACAUAUCUGUUAUUCAUUAUUAACAAUAGUUUGUUUCUUAGAUGCAUCACAUGGAAAUCCAAAAGUUUUAGCUGCUAUUCCGUUCUCCUCCUUCUUCCCAGUUUAGGCUUUCAUUCUCUGCCUUUGCUUGAAGUUUCAGCUUUGUCCCUAGAUCUGUGUGUGCACAGGCCCACCCCUUUGCAUGGGUGACUUAAGCCUGCUGUUCUAGCAUUGGCAAAACCUGGCACAAGCCCUUGAGAUGAAGGGUUAGGCUCCAGAUGCAGCCAAGCGUGGAUCAUCCCAAACCCACUGAGGAAAAUGUCAGGAAAACCUUUGCUGUACAGAUGUAUGAAAUGACUGCCAAGAAUGGCCGUUUCCCUGCUUUGCAUUCUGGCAGAUUCUCCGAUUUCAAAUCACCCAGUUCAAGACUCAUGUGAGGUUGCCCAUCACAAUUGUUCCUCCUGCCUCAGAUUGCAAGGCCUCUUCAUGGCUUGUGAAGGCAGAAGGAAAGCACAGUUGUCAGCGGUCAACAGAGUAGGAUGUUUGAGAUUCUGGGUUGUUCUCAUUCAACAGUGAAGUUGUAGAUGGAAGUCUUUAUCACACUGUUAAAACUGAGAAUGUUUUAGUUUUGCACAAUGUAGACUUGGACGGCUACAGGAAUGAGUCAAGAAAGUCAAGGGGUCAAUCAUGGCUCUGCAAUCAAAGCCCAGUUCUGAGUAAAAGCAAGGUGGGCUUUCAUCACACAUUGUGGCCACCAUCUUGACUUUUUUGACCGCUCAGAGUUCACCUUCCUCCCAUUACUAUUUCCAGGUUACUGUUAGCUUAAUUGGCAGGCAGUCCAUCCCUCCAGAGAUGUUGAGAUGUCUAGAACUCCAAAAGCUGAAAUUUGGGGAGGGGUCCCCCCAGGACCUUCACAGGUUUACAGAAAGGAGACCAGGAUGGCUAGUGGAAAAGAGUGUGGGGCGAAAGAAAGAAAAGGCAGUCAAGUUAAUAGAAGGAGAGGCUGGAAGUAAAAAUUGCAGAAACAGAGAAAGGUGGAAAGGUUGUGGAUUAAGAUUUUCUCAGAAUUAUUAAAGGUUGGGUUAUGUAUGUAUGUAUGUAUGUAUGUAUGUAUGUAUGUAUGUAUGUAUAUAAAUUGUUUUUGUCCUGUUGCUGAGAGAAAUGCAAGGGAAUCAAUGGAAUUGAUAUUCGCACAACAUACACACACAGAUUAUGUAGCAGAAAUAGUUGGAUUAUGGCAAAACCCUCAUUGGAAAAAAAAUUAAAGGCAUUUUUAUUUGCCCCUAAUAGUUGUGGACUAAUCUUAAAUAUCUUUCAUUUGCAAGCCAGGUAGGGCGUCCACAGGAUUAGGUGCCUAAAAGAAGUUGAGAUGGCAGCUGCGAUCACACAGUCAAAAUCUCAUUCCUUUUUUAUGUGUCACACGUGCAACACAAGGGAGGAAAGGCUUUGAUCAUUCGGGCACAACCGCAGUCUUGAUUGUCUUUUUGUCCCCUGCUGAAUAAGGUAGCAGUUUGGGUUAUAUGAAGAACUUCUGUUUUUUUAAAAGCUGAUUAAAACCCAUUACAUUUCUCCUCUUUGAAACUGGAAGAAGAACAAAUCCCUAUAAAUCUGUUUUUAUUCAUGUCUCUCCUUCCUAAGUUGGUUGGUUGUUGUGAUUGGAAGAUGAGCUAUAAAGCCUCCACAGCCUCUUGCACAUCAGCUCCUUAAAGAGGCCAUCUUUCUUUCAUGACAUUUCUAAGCUAUUGUUGUAAAUAUUUAAAUAAAAGAAAUACAGUUUUAUUUGCCAAAAUUCUGACUCAAAUUUUUCUCAAUUCAUAUCCCUCAAAGCAGAACCCUUAAUCAGCAAGGCUAACAUAUCUUUUCUUUUAUGUACACUGAGAGCAUAUGAACCAAGACAAAUUCCUUGUGUCCAAUCAUAUUUGGCCAAUAAAAAAUUCCUAUUCUAUUCUAUUCUAUUCUAUUCUAUUCUAUUCUAUUCUAUUCUAUUCUAUUCUAUUCUAUUCUAUUCUAUUCAGCCUAUAGUUCAGCAACUCAUCCAGCAGUGUGCUGCAGCUGCCAGAAGAGCCAAUGUAGUCUUAGGCUUCAUCAACAGAGGGAGAGAAUCAAGAUCAGGUGAAAUGUUAGCCCUGCUUUGUAUUGCUUUGGUAAGACCUCUUUUGGAAUACAGUGUCCAGUACUGUUCACCACAAUACAAAAAAGACUCUGGGACCCCAGAAAGCAUGCAGAGAAGAGCAACAGAGAUGAUCAAGGGUCUGAAGGCUGAAUCAUAUAUUGAAUGGGAGCUCUAUCAAAGGAUCAGGGGUGGCAUGAUAGUUGUCUUCAGGUACUUGAGAGUCAGUCACAGAGGAAAGUGGGGGUCCACUUAUUCUCCAAAGCACCCAAGGGCAGGACAAGAAACAACAGGUUUCUUGGCAAUGUUGGACUUCAAUUCCCAGAAGUCCCUGGUUGGCUUUGCUACAUAGUUCGGAGUCAGUUACCUUGCUUCUAUACUGUCCUAGGGAGGCCAUGCUUGGAAUCCUGCAUACAGUUCUGGUCACCACGAUACAAAAAGGAUUCUGAGACUCUAGAAAAAGUGCAGAGAAGAGCAACAAAGAUAAGAUGUCUGGAGGCUACGUCAUAUGACGCACGGUUGAAGAAACUGUCUGACCAGCCUAUCAAGAAGAAAGGGGAUAUGAUAGCAGUCUUUCAGUACUUUAAGGGCUGUCACAGAGAAGGGCAGGACGUCAACCUAUUCCCCAAAGCACCCGAGGGAAGAACAAGAAGAGAUGGAAGAUCAUUAAAGAGAGAUCCAACUGACAAACGCGUCAAAAUUACAUUACUCAUAACAGCUUUUCCUACAUCAGUAUCUCUUAUCCUAUUUGUCUUUGUGUGUUUUAUAUUUUUUUU